UACCAUUGCUCAGUGAAAAAUGAGGUGACAGGGCCUCAGCACAGUGAAGACAUAGAGAUCACAGUGAUAGUUCCUGUCACAGAUGCUAUGCUGAUUUACUUCAUUAAUGUGACUGAGAUACAGUCUGGGGACCGCCUUGUUCUCCGGUGUCGGGUGAGGGAAGGCACAGAGCCCCAGUUCCUUUGGUACCAUGACAACAUGCUGCUAAGAAACGGCAGUGCAAGCUACCAUGUGACUGCCAAUGGUGGUGAGCUGGUUAUUCAUUCAUUCCAGAGAGAUGAUGUCGGGAGGUAUCACUGUGCAGCAAUCAACAAUGGAACCAACACCAUUUUUAAUGUGACCAGCGACUACAUCGAAUUCACACUGCGAGCUCGGAGUUAUUCCAACGAAAUCGUGAUGUCAGUCCUCCCAGUUCUGCUGUUGGCUGGCCUGAUUGUGUCGGGGUGUUACAUCCACAGGAGGGCCACAGGCAAUUCGUCAACUGUGUCACAGCCCAGGAAGUAA